UCUUGUCUUUAUAUAAUAAUACGAUUAGGGCGGCGCUUCUGCGCUACUGCAUCAUUUUUUUCGCGGGUUUAGUCGAUCACGUGGGCCUUUCGCGCCAAAUCUAGUUGCGGUGUUACAUAGUGAGGAGAGAGCAGCAGCAUGGCGGAUUCUUCAGAGUCACUUAAUAUUGCAACAAGUCCAAGGACAGGGUCUCGGCGUGAUGCCUUGACUUCCAGCCCUGGCCGUGACCUUCCACCUUUUGAAGAUGAAUCAGAGGGUAUCUUUGGAGAUGAGGUGCUUCCAGAGGAGGAAGAGGAUGGAGAGGAACUAAUAGGAGAUGCCAUGGAGAGGGAUUACCGCCAGAUAUCCGAGCUGGAUAGGUAUGAGGCAGAAGGGUUGGAUGAUGACGAUGCUGAAGAUCUGACUGCCAGCCAGCGGGAGGCAGCAGAGCAGGCAAUGAGAAUGCGAGACAGGGAGAUGGGACGCGAGCUUGGCCGUAUGAGAAGAGGACUACUCUAUGACAGUGACGAAGAGGAGGAAGAUAGGCCAGCCCGGAAGCGCAGGAUGGCUGAGCGUGCGGCUGAGGGGGCUCCUGAGGAAGAUGAAGAGAUGAUUGAGAGCAUUGAAAACCUUGAAGAUAUGAAGGGCCACUCUGUAAGAGAGUGGGUGUCCAUGGCAGCCACUCGGCUGGAGAUUUACCAUCGUUUCAAGAACUUCCUGAGAACUCAUGUUGAUGAGCAUGGGCAUAAUGUCUUCAAAGAGAAAAUCAGUGACAUGUGCAAAGAGAACAAGGAAAGCCUGGUGGUAAAUUAUGAAGAUCUUGCUGCUCGUGAACAUGUGUUGGCAUAUUUCUUGCCAGAAGCACCUGCUGAAAUGCUUAAGAUAUUCGACGAAGCUGCCAAAGAGGUAGUAUUGGUCAUGUACCCCAAGUAUGACCGAAUUGCUCGGGAGAUUCAUGUCCGCAUAUCUCAUCUUCCUCUGGUAGAAGAGCUGCGUUCUUUAAGGCAGCUGCACUUGAAUCAGCUGAUACGCACAAGCGGUGUGGUGACCUGUUGCACAGGAGUCCUGCCGCAGCUCAGUAUGGUGAAAUACAAUUGUAAUAAGUGUAAUUUCAUCCUUGGGCCUUUCUUCCAGUCGCAGAAUCAGGAAGUGAAGCCAGGCUCUUGUCCCGAGUGUCAGUCACUUGGACCCUUUGAAAUCAACAUGGAAGAGACUGUAUACCAAAAUUAUCAGCGCAUUACAAUUCAGGAGAGUCCAGGGAAAGUGGCAGCUGGCAGGUUGCCACGUUCAAAGGAUGCAAUCCUGCUUGCAGAUCUUGUUGAUAGCUGCAAACCAGGGGAUGAUAUUGAACUAACUGGAGUCUAUCACAAUAAUUAUGACGGAUCUCUCAACACUGCUAAUGGCUUCCCGGUGUUUGCAACCGUUAUCCUUGCCAAUCACAUCACUAAGAAAGAUGACAAAGUAGCAGUGGGGGAGCUGACAGAUGAGGAUGUCAAGGCAAUUGUAGCACUUUCCAAAGAUGAACGGAUUGGAGAACGAAUAUUUGCAAGCAUUGCUCCAUCUAUCUAUGGGCAUGAGGAUAUUAAGAGAGGGCUGGCACUUGCUUUAUUUGGUGGAGAGGCAAAAAACCCUGGAGGGAAACACAAAGUCCGUGGUGAUAUUAAUGUCCUUUUGUGUGGUGAUCCUGGAACUGCAAAAUCCCAGUUCCUGAAAUAUGUGGAAAAAGUAGCUAGUCGGGCAGUAUUCACCACGGGACAGGGUGCAUCUGCUGUGGGUCUGACAGCCUAUGUGCAGCGCCAUCCAGUUACUAAGGAAUGGACAUUGGAGGCUGGAGCUCUUGUUCUGGCAGACAGGGGCGUGUGCUUAAUUGAUGAGUUUGACAAGAUGAACGACCAGGACAGAACUAGUAUUCAUGAAGCCAUGGAACAGCAAAGUAUUUCCAUCUCCAAGGCUGGCAUUGUAACCUCUCUGCAGGCCCGAUGUACCGUUAUAGCUGCUGCAAACCCUAUUGGUGGCCGUUAUGACCCUUCAUUGACCUUUUCUGAGAAUGUUGAUCUGACGGAGCCCAUUGUGUCUCGGUUUGACGUUUUGUGUGUGGUUAGGGACACUGUGGAUGCUGUUCAGGAUGAGAUGUUGGCAAGGUUUGUUGUUGGCAGUCACAUUAAGCAUCACCCUAGUAUCAAGGAUAUUGCUAAUGGAGAUGCAGAGGAAUUUGCACUGCCUAAUACAUUUGGAGUAGAACCUUUGCCACAAGAGAUGCUGAAGAAAUAUAUUAUAUAUGCGAAGGAGAAGAUUCGGCCCAAGCUAAACCAGAUGGAUCAAGACAAAGUGGCCAAGAUGUACAGUGACCUUAGGAAGGAGUCUAUGGCUACUGGCAGCAUCCCAAUUACUGUUCGUCAUAUUGAAUCUAUGAUCCGCAUGGCUGAGGCUCAUGCCCGAAUUCAUCUGCGAGACUAUGUUGUGGAGGAUGAUGUAAACAUGGCCAUUAGGGUUAUGUUAGAGAGUUUCAUUGACACACAGAAAUUCAGUGUUAUGAGAAGCAUGAGAAAGACAUUUGCUCGUUACCUGGCAUUCAGAAGAGACAAUAAUGAACUUCUGCUCUUUGUACUAAAACAACUGGUCGCUGAACAAGUGACCUAUCAGAGGAAUCGUUAUGGUGCACAGCAGGAUACUAUAGAACUGGCAGAAAAAGAUUUAGUUGAUAAGGCUCGCCAGAUAAACAUCCACAACCUCUCGGCAUUUUACGACAGCGACUUGUUCAAGAUGAACAGAUUCACACAUGAUGUGAAGAAGAAAAUGAUUAUUCAGCAGUUCUGAACCUAGAAGGAUAGGUGGAAGGAAUCUCCUGCCUUUAGACUGUGCCAGCCUUCUUCUUAAUGAACUGACUUAAGCCAAGGGAUGUACAUAAAAACUGGCCAAAUUCCUGUCGCUUUUUCCUCUUCUUGUACCAGUAAAUGCCAUAUUUAUGGCAGCAACACUUAUCUGAGGAAUUUAAGUAAUGGAAAGGACAGAGCUGAAUUUUGUUCCUGUGCCUCUUUGCUUUUACAGGCUAGUCUGCAAUUAUUUCCUUGUUGCUGUGGUCACUUGAGUUUAUGGCUAAAUAGGGUUUCUCUGAGACUGUUACGAUUGCACAAUUUCAGUUGCAUAAUCUGUGCACAGAUUGUCACCUUCAGACGUCUAAUGUUUUUAGCAGAACUUUUCAGAAAACAAGGCAAUUUCAUUGUAUGGAAAUAUUUACACCAUAAGCCUCUGGAGCGGAAUGAUUAUGCCCCAAGUACUGUCCAUUGGUGAUUUUGUAUAUUAGUAUAUGUUUGAUUUCAAUGUAAGGUUUUGUUUUUUUUUUAACUAAGAUACAAGUUAUUUACUUGCUGAUGCAGCCAAGUGUUUAUUUAGAAAAUGUAAUCUUUUAAAAUUUUAAGUGGGCUUUAAUUACCCAUGCAAAUUUUGAAUUGACAUCACAUGGAAUUGAAUAGCUAUUAACUUCUGGAAAUAGACUUAACUAAAACCUUUUAUUACUCAGGAAACUUUUUUUUCCAAAUAUUUAAAUUAACUUUUAAUAUUCCACUUAUGUGACAUUUAAAAUCUUCAGUUGGCUUUAUUUCUGAAUUAGCCUUCCGAUGUUGCCAUUGAGAGUGGCUACCAAAAAUUAGAUUCGUUUUAAGGUG